CACAGUCAACAGCUUGAGCUCCACCAAACAAGGAUGGAGGUUCAUUCUCAGUUGCUUCUGUUGCUUUCAUCCCUGUUGUGCCUCUCUGCUGUUCAAGCAUUAUUUCCAGUUGUUCAUCCUGACAGCUCCCAUAUGCUGAUAGAAGACUUCUUCACGGUGACGUGUGGUGAGAACGGAAGUCUCUUGUCACCCACCAGCCACGGUUCGGCACUAGAUGGAUGGAAGGUCAUGAGAAACACGACCGGUGGAAUCCAAAGUACCUGCGGAGUGGAGUGGGGCAGGAUAAGUGGCUCCUCAUGUUUGGUCAGUCUUGCGCUGCCCUCUGACAGCGGCGUUUACUGGUGCGAGUCCAGUGAUGGGGCCACCAGCGAAACCGUCAGCAUCACCGUCUCCAGGUUUGUGGUUCUGCAGAGUCCAAUUCAUCCAGUGAUGGAGGGAGACACGGCUACUCUGCGCUGUCGAGCUGCUUUGAAUGGCUUAAUGGUUCCAAUGAGCUUCUUUAAAAACGGUAGCUGCAUUGGGACAGAGGAGGAUGGUGAGUUUCAGAUCUAUAACGUAUCCAAGUCUGAUGAAGGCAUGUACUGGUGCAGCGUUCAAGAACGGGAGUCUGCUCCCAGAUGGCUGACUGUCGAAGGUAAAGUCGCACCCCCAACCCCGACGCCGACCCCUCCUUCCUCUCCUGUACCAUCCUCGACCCCCUCCACUCCACAGCCAACAGUGUUAAGGUUAUUGUGCCACCUGGUGGUGAUCUGCCCCUUCAUCUUAUCGACUGUCCUCAUGGGGAUGUUAUGUCAAAAAAGUCUUAAAGAUGCUGCAGGUGAAAUGACCAAAGUGGCUGAAAGUCCUGGACUGGAAGAAGACCGUCAGGUUACCACAGAGCACCGUUUCUAACUCAUUCUUCCUUGAAACCACAGAAAGAGCUUCUCCUGUUUGUCAAUUCUGAUGUCUCUGCCUCUACGCGUGGCUUUUAUAUGUGUUUUAUGAUUUCUGAUUCGAAUUGAGUUUUUGCAGCCAUAUAUAGCUCUGCUCUGCUGCGACAUGCAGCAUGAGCGACCACACGAUGUAUGUGGCCACAGUGUCUCUUGCAUCCUGUUCUCUAGAACAAGGGUUCUUAACUUUUUCAAUUAAGGAAAAAUACACUUGAUGCAAACUGUUGAGAAAAUUGUCAUAAA